CGUCUAAGGGAACAAACGAUGCUUUGAAAACCAAGGGCUCGUCAGUUGGGUCCAUGAAAAAUAUAUACUUGUGAUUCUUUUUCACUUUGGCGCACGGAGUCUCCGAGCCAAAUUCCCCCACGGUUACGAGCUGCUCCCGCUCCAGACCCCCGCUUUUGCGCGGCCACACGUCCAGGACUUUGACAUUCACACUGUACAGCUCCUCUGAGACGUUCUGAGGCGCGGACUGCACCUUGCCCUCAAUCACCACGGCGGAUCGGUAAGCCUGGUCCUGCAGGGAAUUCAAACUCGGGGAGUAGCAGGCGAAGGAGACCCCGAUGAGCAGCAUGGAUAAGUGUACCGAAUCAAGCCUCCUCAUGCCGCCUGCUUUGGCUCGAUGGUCGGUGGUCGCGUUGCGGCAGGGCUCUCUGGGCUGAGGGGCGAUGGCGGUGGAGCUGGGUUGAGGGAAAACACUGCAAAUAGGCUCCAGUAGCACGGCGGCGCGGCAGACCUUGCAUCUCGCGAGAGCGGUGGCGUGGCUUGUUGGCAGUAGGCUUGCAGUAAGACAGAGGGAGAAGGCAGGCAGCAUCAUGGCGGACAGAGACAGUGGAAGUGAGCAGGGAGGAGCAGCCACGGGCCCGGGUGUCGGUUCCAUGCACCCAGUGACAGGAGGGGCGGGCUCGGCUUCCGGGCUGCAGCACGAGACGCAAGAGCUCGCCUCUAAGCGGGUUGACAUCCAGAACAAGCGCUUUUAUCUAGACGUAAAGCAGAACGCGAAAGGCCGCUUCUUGAAGAUAGCUGAAGUCGGGGCCGGGGGAAACAAGAGCCGCCUCACUCUCUCCAUGUCCGUCGCUGUCGAGUUCCGUGACUACCUGGGGGACUUCAUCGAGCACUAUGCCCAGCUGGGGCCGAGCAAUCCGGACUUGGCUCAAGACGAGCCCCGGCGGGCGCUGAAGAGCGAGUUUUUGGUUCGGGAGAAUCGGAAGUACUACAUGGAUCUCAAGGAGAACCAGAGGGGCCGGUUUCUACGUAUCCGACAGACCGUCAACCGGGGGCCCGGUUUGGGAUCCACGCAAGGCCAGACGAUCGCUCUUCCAGCGCAGGGACUUAUCGAGUUUCGCGAUGCUCUCGCCAAACUCAUCGACGACUACGGAGUGGAUGACGAACCCGCGGAACUGCCCGAGGGAACCUCUUUGACUGUGGACAACAAGCGCUUUUUCUUUGACGUGGGCUCCAAUAAGUACGGGGUGUUCAUGAGGGUAAGCGAGGUUAAACCCACCUAUCGCAACUCUAUCACAGUGCCCUACAAAGUGUGGUCCAAAUUCGGGAACACGUUCUGUAAAUACGCAGACGAAAUGAAAAAGAUUCAAGAGAAACAGCGGGAAAAAAGGGCAUGCGAGCUGCAGCAACAGCAAGAAGAGAUGCAUGGAGACGAUGUGGACGAGGAUUGAUAGUGGAGGGAAAACAUGCAAAAAAUAAUAAUCAGAAUAACAUAAAGAGAAAUUAUACGUAUGAGAAGUUUACUGUAAAAAAAAAGAGAGAAAGAUACAUAAAGAUUUAACUGUUUAACUCCAAGGGAGCACUACCCACAAAAAAUACAACCACCUCCACAAACUGACAGUUGAAACUCGCCACCCAUCGCUGGAUGUUAUCCACUUACCUACCAUUAACACAAUAAGCGGCUGCUAAACAGAGUAAUAACAAUAUAUAUGAACUGUGUUUCCUACUUGAUUACAGCAAAACUGAGCGGUAUUUCCCUUAUUAACCCAGAACUUUUUUACACGUUCCAAGUGUUUGCAAUGUUCAAAUGGAGUUAUUGCAGAGUUACUACGAAACGAUGAUGACUUCAGCACAAAUCAGAUAUUUUAUUUUUUUUUAACCAAAUUUUAAAGUCACCCGAAGAGCUUAUCUUGGUAGCCAUGCCACUAGAUAUUACAAGCAUCACCUGAAGGCUUGCUAGAUAUCUGGAUGUGAUAAUAUCAACCUGUUGAUCAGUCAAUAAGAGAGACAGAGUGGUCAAACCAUGCAAGGUUACUCGAGAAAAGUGUAGGAAAGAGUUGGUUAUUCACAGUCUUCACAAAUGUUCUGAGGAGUAUUACCAGUGUAUUUUUUUAAUUGAAGUUAUUGUCAUGCAGAUGGUAUGCUAUGUAUUUGUGUCUAGUUGUCAUGCACAGUGUAUAAAAGGGUACUUGAUAAGCCGGAGCAAUGGCAACAGAAACGAAAGAGCUCUUAAAAACAUUUUUGUAACGUGAAAAGUUGCAUCCCUGUUAUACAGACCCCUCGAUACACAUACAAAGAGUCGUAUGAAAUUGCUAAUGUAGAAAAAUAUACAAAGUAUGAUUUUGUGAAUCAGAUGUAUUUCAGUGGAGAAGAGAACAUCCCACGUUUUUAGUGGGGGAUUAGACAAAACAAUCUGUAAAAGGGUUUAAAAACUAUAUAUCAGUCUACCAAUGAGAGUGAGUGGCGCCAAGGAAUGCUGUAGUUGCAUGUUAACCUGUACACAGCCACAUUGAGGUGGAUUUCUCAAUGUUCGUCCUCAAGGACUCUUCUCUGUGAUGGUUUCAAUGUCCAUAAUGUCAAUAACGUUUGUUCAGGUUAUUUAAUUCAUGCCAUUUUUCCUUCAAAGAAUUAGCUUUUUCAAGGUGUGAGAAGUACAUGAUAAGAUAUUAUCAACUCUUUGACUGUUUGAUCAGACAAUGAAAAACCCUUUUUCCAUGGGGGCCCUUGAGGACCUGUGUUGGGAGACCCCUACUUUAAUGAAAGUGUUGGGGAGCAUACUCUUCAGCAUUAAACAACCUGGUGCCUUACAGACUCCACAUGCGUAUACACUGGUUGGUGCUUUGGAUCUAAGUUUGGGUUCUUGUUUUUUUUCUUUUCUUGACUUUUUAAAAAAAAUAUUUACCCUGGCCCUCUUGGAUCCUAUUGCAUAACUUAUGGUCUGAUGGGCUGGCUUGGUUCCUUAAUGAGAAGGAAAUCAUUGUUCGCAGGUUUUAAAGUGAUACCUUUCAUCUCGACUGGUUACUCAGACCAUAUGAACGGAAAUCACCUUGUCAGUUUCCCAUGCAUAAACACUACAAGGUGUUAGUAACCCUGACAAAGCAGAUGAGCCUUCCCUUAGUUUAUCAAAUGCCAGCUACAUGCCAGGCACACUUUAUUGGGAGGUUUUUAACUGAAGCCUUCAUAGUUUGGCAGUAAUGUGUCAUUUGUCACAGACCAAAAUCCUAUUUGGGGGGUGUGACCAGCAUGUCCCCUUCCUUGUAACUUUUCGGUGUUGCUUCAUGUUAUUUGUCAUUUUGGAAACUUUGGCUCUCGAAGUUGUUUGUUCUCACUCCUUUUCAUUUUAUUUAAUCCCAGUGCUAUAUUUCAUUACUGUGUGCAAUAUUGAAAGUGCCAAUGUUGGCAAUAUAUGUAUGUCAAUUAAAUAUAUAAUUAAUAUUUGAAAAGCAUGUGGCUGAAUUCCACGUUUAUUUCUUCAAAUGUUUUUAUUUCUUUAAAGCCUUUUAUCUGCAUUUAAAAAGGUCUGUAUCUGGAAAAGAAAUCAUUUUUAAUAAGCAAGCUUCACCCAGUUUGUGAACACAUAGCAGUUAUCUAUUCAGUCUGCACUUUUUUUGUGAACAUUAAUGUUAUCAAUGUGCCCUUUUCGUCUCCGUUCCUCUUAACCGGAUGGUUCAGCCAAAAAAGAAAAUUCCUUCAUCAUUCACGUACCAUCAUGUUUUUCCAAACCUUUAUUACUUUUUUCCUUUUUGGAACAAUCAUGCAGAUGUUAUGCAGAAUGUUAGCCUCAGUCACCAUUCACUUUCAUUGCAUUCUUUCCCCCAUACAAUGAAAAUGAAUGGUGACUGAGACUUAACAUUCUGCCUAACAUCUGCUUUUGAGUCAACAUGAUCACGCAGGAAGUCGGCAUGUUGUCUCCGAGAGUUCUUGUACCCUAGGAUUGGCCACAUUAUGCCGACUCACUGACAUUUAUGCUUCAGCUCCAGUGUAUUUACCUUCCCCUGUGGCACGACAGGAAGCAUGCUGCAUAAGCUUUGUGAGAGACCUGGGUUCAAAUCCCAGUUUGAAACUAGGAAAUAUUUGCGUUCACAUAAUUUGUGACGAGUGCAGUUUAAAGGUUGCUAUUUUUUGGGGGGGGGGGCAACGUUUAUAAAAUAUGCACUGCCCUUUACUGUAUUACAGCCGGUACAGCUGUAAACAUCUCGCUUUUGGUGCCCCUCCAUGGACAUUUCACCCAGAAAAUAGAGCUCACAUGUGCCCAUAUGCCCAAUAACACUUACCGCUUUGUCCACUAGGGGCAGAGUUUCCCAUUUCAGUAAGCACAGUCCGAUUUUAACUAAAGAAAAGUCGGCCUACUGUUUCCAAAUUAACUGUGAGAUCAGUCUUUUUGAGUUCCACAGAUGAAAUAAAAGUCAUACAGAUUUGGAAAACCAUGCUCAUUUUCAUUUUGGGAUGAACUGUCCCUUUAUCAUGGGAGGGUUGGGUGUCAUUGUAAUGGUCACUUGAAACUAUGGGGGUUUUAAGGCCUUUGGGUAAGGGGCAAUCAAUAUAUCAUUAAUUUCCUUCGUAAACCUAUAUGGGAAGAUUCUAAUGAAGGUGUGUGAUGACCUGUUCUGUUUCAGUUGUUGAUGUCAGUAGCACAUUGAUUUUCCAGCUGGAGAUAAUGUCUGACCAAUGUUUGUUUGAAACUUUUAUCUCAACAAGGAAUUCCUUGUGCAGUUUUAUUCUUUAUCUCUUAACUUAUGUUUCCUUCCCUUUGCAAAGAGGAUCACGUCAAAUAUAAUUUAUGUACAUUUUACAAAUUAAAAAAAAUAAAUAAAAGAAAUGUUAAUUUAUCCACCUCUCAUGAAAAGAUUGUUCAAUAUAAAUGUUUCUAUGUUUCUUUUUCUCGUGUGCACUUGUUCAUGUAGUGGUUGUUUGCUGAGGAUAAUAUAAGGUUCUGACUUCAAUGAAGAAUUCUCUGUGUGUACACACAUUCAUGUAGCAUUUUUAAAGGAACAGAAUAUGAGCAUUUCUUGUACCGAGUCUGACCUAAAGCAUGCAGACUAACCGUACUGUAAUAACACGUCAUUUGAUGAAAUCUCCUUUUCCUUUAUGGGUAAUGUUGGUUGCUUCCUGUGGUUAACCAAUGUACAAUGUGCUCGUAAAAUAACAGUACAUUUUCUAUGGAUGUGUGAUCAUAUCCAAGUCUUUUGUCUUCUUAUAUUUUUUCAAAACAAUAUAUACCAUUAAGAAUGUGGGGUCUUAG